GCAUGUCGGCCAAAGACACGAUGAGACGUAACAAGACUACCAUCCAGGACGUGCUGUGUGCAGACCACAGGCUCGUCCUCAACAAAGUUCACGAGAACAACCUGAUAACCAGGCGGGAAUACAACAACCUGAAGAGCAUCAACAGAGAGGAUGUGGAGGGUCACGUGGUUGAGCUGGUGGAUAAGAUCAUGAACAAAGGAGAGGACACCUGCAGAGACUUCCUGAACCUCCUGCAGACCGAUGAUGACAUUAAAACCGCUUUCCCCGAGCUGAAGAACAUCCAGCUGAACGACAGCAGCCUGUUACCCAAACCUGUCCAAGCUUCUUCAGUUGGCAACGUCGACGACAGUGAUGUUUUUCCACGAGACAGCAAGAGGCAAAAAGAGAAUGAGCAGUACAAGUUGAACAGCCAGCCCACAGGCCUCUGCGUGAUCAUCAACAACGAGAAUUUCAUGAAUUACGACCCGAGAAGGGGAACUAACAAAGAUGCUGAGAGUUUGGCGGAGGUCUUCAGCUGGCUGGGCUUCAGAGUGCUGAUGUGUAAAGACCAAACCGGAGACCAGAUGGAUCGCGCUCUGAAAUGUUUUGCCUCUCUGAGCGACCUCUCUCAGCUGCAGGAGUUCGAUGUCCAGGAGUGGUCCGGCAGCAGAUUCGCUCCCCUCCAGGACGCUCCUAAGCACGGCGAUGCCUUCAUCUGCUGUAUCCUGAGUCACGGAAAAAAGGGCGUCGUCCAGGGUACUGACUGGGAGCCCCUCGCCAUUGAACAAAUAACCAGAACCUUCAAGGCUCACCCAUCCCUCACCGCUAAGCCCAAAGUGUUCCUGAUCCAGGCCUGCCAGGGAGACCGGAUACAGCGCGGGGUGCUUUUAGACGGUCUGGAGACGGAUGACUCUCCCUCAGUGUCCAUCCCGCAGGAGGCCGAUGUCCUGGUUGCCGUGGCCACUGUUGAAGAAUAUCGCGCAUUUCGGGACCCAAAAAAUGGGACCUGGUUCAUCCAGUCUUUGUGUCAGCAGCUAAAGGAGGGCUGUCCGAGGAGUGAAGACAUUACCACCAUCCUCCACCGUGUGAACGAUGAAGUCGCCCAAAAAGAGGGAUCCAGCCAACCUGGAGCGAAAAAGCAGAUGCCUGAAGUUAGGUUCACCCUGAGGAAGAAACUCGUGUUGUCUCCACACCACUGCUGAAGCUUAAACCACCUAAAAUUAUACAAACACACUUUAUCUUUUAUGUAAGGAUGUAUAAUUAACUCAUUGGACGGGUUUUCUAAAAAUAUGCUUUUUAUGGGUCCAAAUCUUAUUUUCUUAUUUUUACACAAUGAAUUAUUGUCUUUUAUAUUUUCUAUGUUUUUAUACCUCCACUCCAGCGAGGAGGCAUUAUGUUUUUGGGUUGUCCGUCCGUCCGUACAAUUUCUUCUGAAUUGGAUAUUUCAAGAAUGCCUUGAAGGAAUUUCUUCAAAUUUGGCACAAACGUCCAUUUGGACUCAACAAUGAAUUUGUGAGAUUUUGGUGGUCAAAAGUUAAGGUCAUCUAGACCUCAUCAUCCUCAUUCUUGUGAAUACAAUAUCUUAAGAGCAGCUUGAGAGAAUUUCAGCACCUUUGGCACAAACUUCCACUUAGAGUCAACAACAAACUUAUUAAAUUUUUGUGGUCAAAGGUCACUGUCAACUUGUACCAGUCUCAAUUUCAUGAAUGUGUCAAAAACAUUCUCAUUAGAAAAUCAUUACAUUAUAGUCAAAAUAAACAUUUUUGUUGA